AUGAUGAAGNGAGCUGAAGCAGCAGUGGUAGGUCACGCGCUCGGCUCCCCCAAGCUGAAGCAGCAGUGGCUGGGAGAGGUGAAGGGCAUGGCAGAGAGGAUCAUUGCCAUGCGCAAGGCCCUGCAGGAGAACCUGGCAAAGGAAGGUUCCAGCGUCAACUGGCAGCACAUCACCGAUCAGAUCGGCAUGUUCUGCUUCACAGGACUUGACCAGCAACAGUGUGCGAAGCUGACGAAGGAUCACCACGUCUAUCUGACGAAGGACGGACGCAUCUCCAUCGCCGGCAUCACGACGAAAAACGUCGGUCGCCUCGCGCGCGGCAUCCAUGACGUCACCAAGUAGAGGGCGCCGGCGUAGCAAGCGCGCCACGUGUCCAACUCGUGCGACGCCCCCCGCCUGCUAGCUGUUCGCUUGUGCCAGCUGGAAGUAUGGCCUUGAAGCGAGGGGAAUAAAGGGAAAUGAGUGAUCACUAAAUGACGCGGGUCUUCAAACAGAGGUAGAGAGAGAAAGAGAGAGAGAGAGAGAGGUAAGGAGAUGAAGGGAGAGAUAUAUAGAUAGAGAGAGCGAGGAAGGAAGAGAGAGAGAGAGAACGAGGGAGGGAGAAGAAGGGAGACAGAGAGAGCAGGAGCUAGGUAGGCCAGGAGGGGCAGAUAAAGUAGUGGGUGAAAAUGGUGAGGUCAGUCAGCCAGUGUUAAACUUUUCAAUAAGUGUUACUUCAUGGUGCUUUUUCUGCUCACGCUUAAUUUUAUUAAUGUAUUGGGGUACAUUACGUAGCUUAUGCUGUUAAAAUUAUGAGAUACGGAUUAGAAUGCAAAUGACGUGUGAUCAUGGACAUUUCUGUUGAAUGCUAAUAGGACCAUGUAACAAGAAGACACGAGUGUGUUAUAUAGGGCGUGUGCUUUGAUGCUAGAAUGGUGUGGGAUAGAAUUAAUUGAUAAUGUUUUUGUCGACGAAUGUAGACAUAGCACUAAGCUAAAAUGCGGUUACUGGUGUUCUCGUGGUAAGGCUGUUUGUUGCAAGUCUUCACAAAUAGAUGAGUAUGUUCACUCGAUGCGUGCUCGGGAUGACGAGUAAUGGGAUGUGAGAGUAAGAGUGUACGAGAGAGAUACUGCUUUAAUUGUUCAUUAUUAAGCGAGCGUGCAAUGCCUGGCGUAGUGUUCACCGGCAUUUAGUCCUUUAACAGCCCUUCACAGCUAGUUGUCGUUGGUGACGAAUAAAAAGGCUUGAUGGUUUAA